AUGAGCGCCAUCAACGGAGGCGUAAACUAUCACAGCCCUCCCCAGAUGUCUCUCAUGGAUGUUAUGUUCCCCGGGCUCGGUGUGCUCUCUGCCUCCGCCCAGCAGUUGCUUGCUGGUAACCUAGACAGCUACACUCGACUGUUUUGCACUUUGGGAAUAUUUGUCCUCUUCGCCCGUUAUGCUGUCCGCUAUGUUUGGGAUAUAGUGAAAAGUUACUUCACCUCGACAAUCUAUGUCUCUUACUACGACGAAGCAUACGAUAUGCUAGUUGAUUGGAUAGCUGACCAGCCAUUUGUCCACAAUGCUCAUUCAUUGAUCGCUCGGGUGAGGUCCACGCAGCGGACAAGUAACGUUUAUUCGACAAAGAAAAAGCCUGUGACUUUUUCUCCUUGGGAUGGAUCGUUUCUCUUCUGGUAUAAGGGGCAUUUGCUCGUUCUUCACUGCCAUGUCAAAGAGCAUCGAGAGGAUCUCCGUAUCUCCUCCAUUGGUCUUAAUGCCAACAUCCUGAAAAGUCUGAUCGAAGAGUGCCGAGAAAAGUAUCUCAAGGACACGCAGAGAAAAGUCUCUGUCUUCGAACAUCGCGACGGGGAGUGGAAGAAAGCCAGAUUGAGACCUGUUCGACCUAUCUCCACGGUCAUUAUGGACAACGAGUUGAAGAGUGACGUAUUAAAGGAUGUGGACGAGUUCCUUGACCAAGAUAUGCAAGGCUGCUUCAGCCUAUCACUCGCAGGGAAGCAUGGAUUGGAUAUUUAUACGCUUCAGUUGUCGAACAUCUCAGACAGUACACUAAUGAAGCUUUUUUCUGAGCUCCCGCCGCAUUGUAUUGUCCUCUUAGAGGACGUGGAUACCGCUGGGGUAGGGCGCAGAGACAGCGUCGACGCAGACCACGAGAACGAGUCAAAAUCGGCAGUUACCCUAUCAGGCCUUUUGAAUGUGCUUGAUGGUGUCUCAUCUCAAGAGGGCCGGAUACUCAUCAUGACCACGAAUCAUAUCGAACAUCUGGACGAAGCACUGAUUCGGCCUGGCCGUUCAGACAAGAAGAUCCAUUUCAAACUCGCCGAUCAAAACAUUUCUACUCAACUCUUCCGCACGGUCUUCAAGCAAAUGCCGAACCAAAACCAAUGCAACGAGGAAUAUGAUGAUGAGACCAUCGAAGCGUUCGCUCGUGAUUUUGCCAGCAAAGUACCGGAUCAAGUAUUCAGCCCAGCAGAAGUGCUGUCAUUUCUUUUGGAGUGCAAGAAGUCGCCUUCUGAUGCAGUUUCUUGUGUAGAGAGCUGGGUGGUGAAAGCAAAGUAUUGA